ACUGGCCCGCCCCUCCACUUGAAUGGGCUCCCUGCUCUCCACAGUUGGCAUCGACUGUCUUGGCGGCGGCGAGCGUCGACGCGUCGUGCCGAGUCGUCUUGUGAACUAAUCGCGUCGAUACCAACUCGUGAACGAAUUUUCUUUUAUUCAUCUCUUUUUUUUAAUGGUUUGAUGCCAGAUCGUCCGUCCGAUCGCCAGAAGCGCAGCAACCACCAGAACCUCCAGUGCUCCGCCGCGUCGUGGCCUAGGCCAUGGGGGGAUCCAAGAGCAAACCCAAGGAUGUAGGCCAGCGAACAAGAAGCCUCGAUGGCAACCUCAGCUCUGGGGGAGGCGUUGGCAGCCACCACCUCAACUCCACUCAACAUUCAUUAACACCUAAUCGGAGCCCUACAGUGGACGGGGGCCUCCGGGGCACCCAGCCCAUGGCCAGUAAUGCAGAGCUGGCCCUGUUUGGGGGUGUGGACAACAGUAGUGUCACUUCUCCCAACAGAAGCACACUAGCAGGAGGCGUGACGACAUUUGUGGCACUGUACGACUACGAGUCUCGAACUGCCUCAGAUCUGUCUUUCAGGAAGGGUGAACGCUUACAGAUUGUCAACAACACAGAAGGGGACUGGUGGCUGGCUCGCUCCCUGACCACCGGAGAGAGUGGUUAUAUCCCCAGCAAUUAUGUGGCUCCAUCAGACUCCAUCCAGGCAGAAGAGUGGUACUUUGGCAAGAUAACACGCAGAGACUCAGAGAGGUUGCUGCUGAGUUUGGAGAACCGGAGAGGGACUUUCCUGGUGAGAGAGAGUGAGACCACCAAAGGUGCCUACUGUCUGUCUGUACUAGAUUACGACAACACCAAAGGGCUGAACGUCAAACACUACAAGAUCAGGAAGCUGGACAGUGGCGGCUUCUACAUCACAUCGCGUACACAGUUCAGCAACCUACAGCAACUGGUCAAUCACUAUCGCAAGCAUGCUGAUGGACUGUGUCACUCUCUGACGGAGGUGUGCCCCGUUAUGAAGCCUCAGACCCAGGGCUUGGCCAGGGACGCCUGGGAGAUCCCCAGAGAGUCCCUCCAUCUUGACCUCAAACUGGGACAGGGUUGCUUCGGAGAGGUCUGGAUGGGAACGUGGAAUGGUACAACACGGGUGGCCAUCAAGACUCUCAAGCCAGGCACCAUGUCACCUGAGGCUUUCCUCCAGGAAGCCCAGGUAAUGAAGAAGCUCAGACAUGAGAAGCUGGUUCAGCUCUACGCUGUUGUGUCUGAGGAACCUAUCUACAUCGUCACGGAGUACAUGGGACAAGGUAGCUUGCUGGACUUCCUUAAGGGGGACAUGGGUAAGGUCCUCCGGCUCCCUCAACUUGUGGACAUGGCCUCACAGAUUGCCUCCGGCAUGGCUUAUGUGGAAAGGAUGAACUACGUGCACAGAGACCUGAGAGCCGCCAACAUACUUGUAGGAGACAACCUGGUGUGUAAGGUGGCUGAUUUUGGUCUGGCUCGCCUCAUAGAGGACAACGAAUACACUGCCAGGCAGGGGGCCAAGUUCCCCAUCAAGUGGACGGCUCCUGAGGCUGCUCUGUAUGGUCGCUUCACCAUUAAGUCCGACGUCUGGUCGUUUGGAGUCCUGCUGACAGAACUGGCCACCAAAGGCAGAGUUCCAUACCCAGGCAUGGUGAACCGAGAGGUGCUGGACCAGGUGGAGCGUGGCUACAGGAUGCCGUGCCCAGCAGAGUGCCCUGAAUCCCUCCAUGAGUUGAUGCUGACCUGCUGGAGGAAGGAACCAGAAGAGAGGCCCACUUUUGAGUACCUUCAGGGUUUCCUGGAAGAUUACUUCACCUCCACGGAGCCCCAGUACCAGCCCGGAGAGAACCUGUAACUGGGCUGUGCGUGUGUGUGUUUUCAGAUGUGAGCAUGCAUAUCCUUUAGAAGACAUGAGGAAAUGUGUGUCCAGGUGUGUGUGUAAAACAGGGGAGAGAGCCAACAGGAUCCUGGGUACAAUCAAUGACACUGUCCUCUCUGGGACUGCGAAUGAAUGGACCAUAAAACUGCAUUCAAAACCUGCUUCUUCCUGUGGUCACUGUAAUUUUGCUUUCCUGUCAGUUCUGAUGGGUUCAGGUAUCUCCUCAAUAUUUUGAAUGGACAGGACUAAUUUAUUAUUUUUUAGCUCAUAAUACAGUACUUUGUUUUAAUGCUUGUCAGUUAGGAUUUGGUCACCGAAGAAGCCAAGCAGCCUUGGCAAAGGACUCAUGCAUUCUUACCCUGUGUUAAUUCUGAUCCCGUAGUUCCUAAAGUUCAACACCAUGGCUAACAGUGUAGAAGGGUGUGGAUGGGCCAAACAACGGAGCCAAGGUGAAGAUGACUUUGUCCUUAGUUCACAUCCUGCUGUGAGCACAGCUUCAGAAUGUCCUCCUUUUCAGACACUUUUUGUUGGGAACCCCAUUGAAACUCAUGUGGUCAGACUGUCUUCCACUUCCUACAUAUUGGCUGCAUGAGAAGCAAUUCUUUGGGACCUUAUUCAUCAGGAUAUUCAUCACAGAUGUUUCAUUUUUGACUAACUGCUUAAUCAGACCUGGAUAAACUGGAAUAUUUUCAGGUUAAAUUCAUAGUAGUUGUCUCGUAACCAUUUUUGACUGUGCACCAUUUAGUUUUCCUGACUGCUGUGAGAUUUCAUAUGAGACUAACAAAGGUGCGCUCUACGUCCCUCAGGCUUUACUGUGUAUAGUCUCAUUUCCAGGCCGACAUGGACAAAUUGGUUUAACGCUGUGACCAUUGUAACACAAAGAAGAGAAAGAAUCCUCCUCUUUAUCGUAUGUUUUCUACUCGCGGCUCCUCUCAAACAGAAAUGGCUACUGAUCACUAUUGCUUCUCUCAGGAUGGAGAAGACUAAAAUUCUGCUGCAAUGUUUUUUGUGCCAAUGAAAACUCGUUUUUUUACUCUGUUCUUACUGUCUCAAAGUGUAUUUUUACUACUACAAUCUUUUAUUCCAAUGAAGAUUUGCAUUAGGUAAGGGCAAGCCUUGUAAUUCUAUUCAAAAUUAUAGUCCUUUGUUUUGUGUGUCCUGCACCCGUGUACAGUACCAACAAUGACUUACUAUUAUGGCUUCAGUGUGCUCCAUUUUCUCCGGUGAAUCUUCUUCCAUGUCUACAGUUGUGACCUUCAAAUGUGAGGGAAACUGUUUGUUUUUUGUUUUUCUUUUUUUGUUUUUUUCUAAUCUGUCUCAGUGUGCCCCAUAUUGCUGAAUUCUUGAGCUUAACUUUACUCUGGAGGUUUUCUUUGGCUCCAUUCUCUGUUUGGGUAAUAAAUGGACAGAGGACAAAGACGCUAUUAUUAAUGACUGUCCUUCCUCCAGCCUGUAGGGGGCAGGUGUAAAAGCCUUUGCAAAAUUCAUUCGCGUAGCCAUGUAUAGUAAAUGAAUUGGGAUUUUAAAAAUUAUUUGUAAAUAUCCCUUAUACGAAUAUUUUGUACAUAUAUUUUUUUAUAAUUUAUUCAUUUUAAAAUAACCAAUGGUCUAUCUUGCUUUCAGCGCCAUUUUGACAUCCUGUCUUGUUUAUGGUACAUCCUGUAGUUAUGGGGAAAAUAGCUGACAAGUAUGUAAAACAACACUUUUUCAUGACUAGUAUGUCUUUGUGCACAUAUUUCUGUGAAACCUAGCCUGGCUGUAUAUUUACAAUGACAAAUGAUGAUACAACUGGCAUUAUCUUAAAUCUAGCUGUAAAUUCUUCUCACCCUUGAAAGGAAAAUAGUCCUCUUUUUUUCCAGAUACUGAUAAUACUGCAGCGGCAUCUCUUUCCACAUGAAGAAGGUGUACUUUAUUAAUCCCUGUGGGGAAAAUCAUCCUCUGUAUUUAACCCAUCCUAGCCAUGUAGCGGGUUGGCAUCCGCCGUGCAGCGCCCGGGAACCAACCCCAGUUCUUCUUUCCAUUGCCUUGGUCAGGGGCACAGACAGGAGUGUUAACCCUAACAUGCAUGUCUUUUUGGUGGUGGGAGGUAACUGGAGCACUCGGUGGAAACCCACACAGACACAGGGAGAACAUGUAAACUCCACACAGAAAGGACCUGGGACGGCCUGGGGUUUGAACCCAGGACAUUACACAUGUUUACAUCUUGAAAGUUUUUAAAUGAUUUUUAGUUUCGCUUCAAGGGCUGGAAAAAAACUGGGCGGUUAAGCGAUCAUCAUUUCCUCCUACAUCCAAAUGUUUGUUAUUCUAAGCACAGCUAAACAACAUGGUGCAUGCCACUGUCAUCAUCCUCUCUACUCGCAUGAUGUAUGCUUUACCUUGUAUUAUGGUAUGACCGGCUUCCCUUGUGUGGAUUUUAUAAACCACUGUGGAUUCGGAUCAUAAUUUCUCAUUCAGAAGCUGAUACGACUGCCUAUGACGAGGAAUUUGAUAUGUGUAGUGUCUGUCUUGUAGACAUGGAGAAGGCCAUGAUAAAGAGGUCAAGCUGUUGUCAGAUUGCUUUGCAAAGUCUCCUUUCUUCCCUGACCUGUCUCACUGAAUGUCUUAGCAAGAUCAUGGAAAAAGGCCCAGUUUUGAAUUUUGUCUGUCUGUCACAUUGCUCAGAAGCCAAGGAUACAUUUCCUGUGGUGUACUUUUUGUUUCCUCUCUCUCUAUGCAGGAUUUUUUUUAAAAAUCUGUGAUUCCUAUAUACUCCUUUGUACUGCAUCCAAUGGAAAAUGAGAAAAAAAAUCAAACUAGCUCUUUAAGUCCUACUGUAUAUUAAAAAUCUAAAGGAAAAAUGUUUGAAUAAAAUUUGUAUAUUGCCAAUGUAC